UAUUGCUAUUGCCUAAUUUGUUAUUGGACCCUAUUGGUCAUUGGGGCCAUUGGGGGUGUAUUUGUAUGAUGGUGUGAUGGUGUAUGUGCAAUGUUUUUCUCAAAUGGGAAAUAAGUAAUAAAUGGAAAUAAUUUAUUAGGGGGCUAAUACUUCUGCAAAAGAUAUUCUGUUAUUUAUUUCAUUCAAUCCUUCAUAAAUUUCCCAUUAUGGCUAUGUACAAAGCGUUUCGAGUUCUUGAGAAGAGUGUCCCUCCAAGUCCACAUAGUGUCCUGUUAGAACAUAAAGCAAAAGAAAACACUUUGCUAUUCGAAUCACAAGCGGUAGCAGUCCUUUCUGUACAAGAAACGGAAGCAGUGAAGAAACAAUACACCAAAAUAUUAGAUGCAUAUGGAUGCCUGGGAGUUCUUCAACUAGAUUCAGGCGAUUCAACUCUGUUAUACCUGGUCAUGGUAACAGGCUGCUUUUCUAUUGGUAAAAUAGGCGAUUCAGAAAUCUUCAGAAUCACUCAGACACAAUUUAUACCACUGCAUCAUCCACAAAAUGAAGACAAAAUUUCUGAGGUACGAAAAUUAUUAAAUUCUGGAACUUUCUAUUUUUCAUGGUAUUCAGGGGCUGUAGGUGGAAUGCCAUUGGACCUUACAUUAUGUGCUCAGAGAAGAGCAAAAACUUCAACGACAGAUCAUAGAUUUUUUUGGAACCGUACUUUGCAUAUUCACUUAGUCCGAUUCGGAGUGGAAUGCAACAGUUGGUUGCUAAGGACAAUGUGUGGUUCAGUAGAAAUUAGAACAGUUUAUGUAGGUUCUAAAAAGGCUUUAGCAGCUGUUAUUUCAAGGUUGAGCUGCGAGAGGACAGGAACAAGGUUCAAUGUUAGAGGUACUAAUGAUGAAGGACAUGUAGCCAAUUUUGUAGAAACUGAACAAGUAAUUUAUUUAGAUGAUGAGGUUUCUUCUUAUAUCCAAACACGUGGCUCUGUACCACUUUUUUGGGAACAGCCAGGAGUUCAAGUCGGUUCUCACAAAGUUAGAAUUUCUAGAGGAUAUGAAGCAUCAAAAGCUGCGUUUGAUAGACAUAUCACAAUGAUUAAAGAGCGUUAUGGAAAACAAGUUAUUGUUAAUUUAUUAGGCACUAGCUUGAUUGGUAGCAAAGAAGGAGAAGCUACUCUAAGCCAAGAAUUUCAAAAACAUCAUAAAGAAUCAACCCAUAAUGAUAUACCCCAUAUAGUAUUUGAUUAUCACCAAGAAGUCCGAGGAAGUAAUCAAACCAAUCUCCAAAAAUUAAGAGCCAAAGUUGACCAACAACUGCAAGAAUUUUCCUUUUAUCAUGCAGAUGGUAAUGCUAUUUAUAGUCUACAAACUGGCACAAUUAGGACAAAUUGUCUUGAUUGUUUGGAUAGGACGAAUUGUGUUCAAACAUUCUUUGGUUUGGAGUUAUUGACAAAACAGCUCCAAUCAAUGCAAAUGGUCGACAAGAAAAAUACGAUAUCUAGAUUUGAGGAAGUAUUUAGGCAGAUGUGGAUUAAUAAUGGAAAUGAAAUAAGUAAAAUUUAUGCCGGAACUGGUGCUAUUCAAGGCGGAUCAAAAAUCAUGGAUGGUGCAAGAUCAGCUGCAAGAACAAUUCAAAACAACCUUCUGGAUAAUUCCAAACAAGAAGCAAUAGACAUUUUCUUACUCGGAUCUACAUUAUCUACAGAACUAGCUGAUAAAGCCAGAAACUUACUACCUUAUAACACCUUGCAUGCUCCACCGCACGUUUUAAGGGAAAUGUGUAAAAGAUAUGCCGAAUACACAGAGGCGUUGCAAGUAAGAGUUGCCGUUGGAACAUACAACGUUAAUGGCGGUAAACAUUUUCGAAGUUUGGUUUUUAAAGAUAUAAAAUUAUCUGACUGGCUUCUUGAUAAUCAUAAAAGUGACCAAAACCUAGUUGAUACUUUUGGCUCAGAUGUUAACAGACUGACCCCUGUUGAUAUAUAUGCAAUUGGAUUUGAAGAAAUUGUUGAUUUAAAUGCAGCAAAUAUUGUAAAUUCCAGCACUGAAAAUGCUAAAGCCUGGGCUUUAGAACUUCAGAAAGUAUUAUCAAGAGAUUGUCCUUAUGCACUGGUGACUUAUCAACAACUUGUUGGGGUUUGUGUGUAUGUUUUUGUUAGACCUGAACAUGCUCCUUAUAUUAAAGAUGUUGCUGUUGAUUCUGUUAAGACUGGAUUAGGUGGUCAUACUGGUAACAAAGGUGCAGCUGCAAUACGUUUGGUUUUUCAUGCAACUUCUCUAUGUUUUGUUUGUGCACAUUUUGCAGCUGGUCAAUCGCAAGUCACAGAAAGAAAUGCGGAUUAUAAUGAAAUUACUAGGAAGAUUGCUUUUCCAAUGAAUCGAUCCCUAAACUCCCAUGAAUAUUUAUUUUGGUGUGGAGACUUCAACUAUAGGAUAGACAUGGAUAAAGAAGAAAUUAAGGAAUUGGUUAAACAGGGAAAUUUCGAUCGAAUACUCGAAUGUGAUCAAUUGUUGAAACAACAAAAUGAAGGCAACGUUUUUAAAAACUUCAUAGAAGGAAAAAUUUCAUUUCCACCAACUUACAAGUAUGAUCUCUUCAGUGACGAUUAUGAUACUAGCGAAAAAUGUCGUGCUCCAGCCUGGACAGAUAGAGUACUUUGGAAGAGGAGAAAACAUUCACCUGAUAUAAAUGAUUCCAGCGAUAAUUGGUCUCCUGGAAAUUUGAUUCAUUACGGCCGCGCAGAAUUAAAGCAAAGCGACCAUAGGCCUGUCAUAGCUAUUGUGGAUAUAGAAUGCAGAAUUUUAGAUACAGCUAAAAGGCAAGAAGUUUUUUACGAAGUUAUCAAGGAUAUGGGGCCACCUGAUUCCACAAUUAUUGUUCAUUGUGAAGAUGCUUCUGAUCAAGAAGAUGGUUCAAUUUUUGAUGAUAACAUGGUCAUGAUUCUUCUGGAAGAAUUUGCACAGUUUGGAGAAACUAUUUUGGUGAGAUUUGUUGCAGAUACUAUGUGGAUAACUUUUAGGGAAGGUCAAUCAGCAUUAGAAGCAAUGAAGAAGACCAAUGGCUAUAUUAGAAUUCAAGAUUACGAUCUUACUUUAUGCCUUAAGACACCCGAUUGGGUCGAAAGGACAAAAGAUGAAAUAGGAUUGUGUUCAAGUAACACAGUUGCUUUAUAUUCUUCACCAAACCAGUCGAAUUAUAACUGUCUAGGGAUUCCUGAGGUCCAACAAAAGGGUAUGCCUCCUGCCAGACCUGCUCCUCCUAACCGACCACCUCCUCCAGCUACGAAAGUUUCGCCAGCCAAAAAGCCACCACCUAAGGCGGGAGUGAUUAGUAUACCAUUGAAAGGGGUUCCCGUCAAUCCAACGGCACCUCCUGUGUUUACUCCUUACCCUGCUGGGAGUAAUAAUGCAUCUUCUGGCGCUCCACCUAAUGUGCCACCUCCUGAACUGCCAUCCAUGAUUUCUCAAGAUCAAGAUGGUGGCAUUUAUGAAGAAAUUAUUGAUGAUGUUAAUGUUAACAUUCCAGAACCACAAGGUCCUCCUCCUCCUCCGCCACCACGAGCAGAAGCCACCUUACCAGCGACUCUAGUUCGGCCCCCACCAGUCCCAGCUAGAUCAGCUCCUCCACCACCUCUACCAGCUCGACCACGUCAAUAGUUUUUUGCAUGGUUGCUCAUCUAUAUAAACUUACCGUAUCAUCUUGGCAGAUUGUAUGAAUACAUACAUGUACCUUAUCAUCUUUAUAUCAAAAAGUUUCUGUACAGAUCAUUUCUGAUAAUAUUGGCAAGUUUGUUUCUUUAUGAAAUUUAUAAACACGCUAUAGAGAUGACAGUUAAAGGACCCACCAAACCUUGGUUUGCCAGGAAGUAAGAAUCCUGGUAACAGUUUAAUUCUAAUAGGCAUGUCAUGUUUGUAGUUUAAUUUUUGAUGAGUGGUAAAAUUGAAGAUUGGGAGAAAAAAAGAGGUAAAGAACAAAAUAGUUGUUAGUUGCUAUUCUAGUUCCUUUAAUUUAUAAGAAAACGGUUUCUAGGCCAAAAGAUGCUUGCCUUUUUUACAAAACUGAUUUUUUUUUUCUAUUAUUUAAAAUAAUAUUCAUACUUACUUUUCAACAUUUUUACUAUCCUUACUUCGUGUCUUAGUAGGCAUCAAAAAACAUCAAAAAAGUAUUAGUACAUAUUUUGAAAUUCAGUGAUUAAAUGUUUCUGGGUUAUACAGUGUAGCUUUCCAAAAUUUAGAGCUCUAUAUUAGAAUCUUGCUCAUUAAUAAAGGCGCAACGUGAACGUGAAUGAAAUAAGGAAAGUUUUGGAAAAGUCAGUGCUUUUAAAAUUUAGAUCUAAACUGAAAAAUAUGAAUGUAGCAAAACCUUUCUCAUUCGAUCAAAAUUACAAAUUUGAGACUAAAAUUCUGGAAAAACUGUUAACAUAGAUAAUUAUAAAGUAGAAUAAUUAUUUAGUGGAAAAAUGUUAUUUUGCAAAUUUUCCUGAAGAAAUUGGAGAUACUUAUUUGUAUAUUUUUAUUUUUUAUUUAUUCUUGAUAUUCUUAAUCACCUAUGUCUGUGAAUUUAAUUUGGCUGUUAUUCUUUUUUAGGUAAUAUUUCCUUAAGUUUAUGAUUACAUAAAUUAACGUAACUUUCUGAACUUUUUUCUAAGUAUAUUUGUUUAUUAUUUAUAUUUUUUAUUAUUAUUUGGUCAACUGGCUGUUUAUAAGUGCUACAUUAUUGAACAGAAAGCGUAGAAUAAAAAUGUGCUAUUAAAUACACUAAUACCAAAGAAUAUUAAUUAUUGUUGCAAACUUUUGAUAGGUUUUUAAGACAUCUCACAUUUUAUAAGUAUACCAACUGUAGAAAUGGUUAGUAUACUUAUACAGAUUGGACCCACCUAGUAGACACAUAGGAAGUAAUAAGACAAAUUAGCUGGUAUGUGGCUUAGGGCAAUCGAGACGAUGCUGCUGAAGAUGCACAGAUUUUAAUAACAUGCAGUGACCUGGGUACCAGUCGUAUGUGUCUAGUAGCCUAGUCCUGUCUGUAUAUUUGAAUAAUAUUGCAUUUAAUAGUGACACAUAGUAUAAAAAAUAUUGUAUACUAUAAUAGGGUGAUUCAGUUUGAGAUUACAAUUUAAAUAUGGCAAUACUGGUUUGCUGGCAGCAAUAUAUGGCAGAAAUUUGACAUGUGUCAUAAAUGGGUAUUGACAUUUACGCAUAUGGAGCGGUAUCCAACACAAGAACGCAUUUUAAUUGCUAAAACCUUUUUCCGAAAUGGAGAAAAUAUAACAAAGACGAUUCGUGCAUUACGAAAUGACUUUGGUAACCAUAACCGUCCAUCUCGUGCUGCGGUUAACAAAUUGAUUCAAAAAUUUAACCGAACCGGAUCAGUGUUGGAUGUCCAAAGACCAAUACGUCCUCGCAGUGGUCGAUCAAUCGAAAAUGUUGCCGCAGUGAGAAACCGUGUAUGUAUGUGACCAUCCGUGUUAGUUACAUUUUCUCUAUUUCAGAAAUAAGUUUUAUCAAUUAAAAUGCGGUUUUGUGUUGAAUACCGCUCCAUAUUCGUAAAUGUCAAUACUCACUUAUGACACAUGUCAAAUUUCAGCCAUAUAUGGCAGCCAGCAAACCAAUGUUGCCAUAUUUAAAUUGUAACCUCAAACUGAAUCACAGGUUUGAAACUGAACACAAACGUUUCAAGAAUCAAAAUGCUCACCUACUUCUCCUAAUGUUGGCACUGUCUACCCCAUACAGUUACACAGCAGCCUUAAAUCAAGAAAUAAUCUAGAGUUGUGCCGGAUAUUCAGUUACUCUUUAGUUGUAGCGUAUCUGCCACACUUUCAGUCGAAUCCCAGGAUAGUGAGAAUUACAUUUGACCAUUUCCAAAUCGUUAUUUUUUGUUAUUCGUCUCAGAAAGAAACUUUUAGACAUAAAACUCGAAUUUGGCUGCUACAUUAUUUAUUCUAAUAGGGAAAUUUGAUUCUCAUGCUGGAUAUCAAUAGCCAGUAUCUGGCACACUAACGGCUUAUCCACAUAUACGAACCAAGUUUAUGAUAUUUAACGAAAAAUCUCAGUGGCAUUAGUGACAAAAAUGUGUCGAGCGAACAUUCCGCAAAUAACAAAAAGUGAACAAAUAAAUAAAUUUCAUGUUGAAAAAAAUAUGUCCUAAUGACAGUCGUUUCUUGAUCCAUGCCACGGUUUUCAAAAUGCAAACUCCCAAAACGUUUAUAUUCAGUUUUUCAAUAUCCUGUGUUCAAUAAAAUAUUUGGCUCAAAAGAAAAAUAAUUUUAGCAAAAUGAGAGUUAUAAAAACUACUGCGAGAAUCAGCAAUCCUGAAAAUAGAUGCAUUGUAGAAAUUUUAUUAAUUGCUGCUGUAAUGUACUUUUUCAGUAAUUACCUACCUAGGUAUAUAAAUUAUAUAUUCAGCCGUGGCAAUUCAUCUGUAAUGUCCGGAGCAAAAAAGACGGAGGCUAUGUCAAAAAUAUUUUUAAAAAAACUAUGCAAACUGCCUUUAAUUUCUUCAAAAUUUAUCAAAUGUGUUGUCUUUUUGCUCUAUUUAAAAAGUCUUAGGAAAUCUAAUAUCAUUUUGUUUGACAUAUUUUUGAGAAAUUAUCUCUAGAAUUGUCUUUAUUUGCUUUGGACACUCAGUUGACUAGCCAAGAGACUUAGUAUUAUUACUAGCCUAAAACUAGUUUAUAUUAAAAUGUUUGAAUUAAGUAUUGUUUUGUAAGUGUUGCAGUGCAUUCGAUAUAGGGAUGUCCACCAGAAAAUAACAUUGAAACACAAAUCAAUUUAAAAAUUAGAUUGGUAAAAUACAAAAACUAAUAAUUGCUGUUCUGUUAAAAAAGAAACUUCUUGCUUACAUUUAUAAAAUUUACCUUAUUGAAGAAACAUAGAUAAAUCCCAUCCUAAGAGCACAAAAGCUUGGCAUUAAUAACCAGUCAAUCAUAAAAUGUUCCUGUUGAGCAUGAAAUUCAAUGUGACGGCCAUAAGAAAAAUUAACUAGAUGUUGGUCGAAUUAAACUGAAAGUUCGUAUCCAAAAUCUUAGUCAAGUAUCUAACAUCUACAGGAGUUGUAAAGGUAUUAGAGAGAUAGCCUAAAUAACGUUAUGUAGUAUUGGCGUUAGUGUUAAAAUAAGGUGAUGUCUUCAUCUGUGAGGGGAUUGAAAUGCUAGUUUUUUUUAUUUUUUAUUUUUUCCAGUUACUAUGGGACAGCAGCGAUUGUUGUUUACUUAGUUGUUGAUUGUCAGAAAAAACGAGAUUUUUCACGUUCAAAUGUUCAUAUUGGUUACAGCGAAGUCGGUCUACAAUUUAAAAGGUUCUAAUUUAAUUGUGGCUAUUAAUUAUUCAAAAAAAAAGAAAUGUGUAAAUACGUUCAAACCAGUCGUUUUUGCGAGAGAAACAGCAACACAUGCGUUCUUUUGACGUAAAACCUAUAUGCAAUUCGAUAUCUAACAAAAAAUUGUCGACAUAGGUAAUGAAAACAUCAUUACCGUUGAGAGCCAGACAUCACCAAAGAAGAGAUAAAGCUUUCCUUGUCUAACUCUUGUUCGUUUAAAUCACAAAAUGGAAACGAAUUCCUGAAUAUUCCCGCUCCGGCCUUGCACAGUGUCGUCGCGUUUUCCGUCAUAUCAGAUCUUCUCGAUCUGACCAUUUAUUCGCCUUGUACUUGUCAAGAUGCACCACCUUCUCUUCUACGUUCAUGCCUCCACUCAGAUCUCCAAUAAUUCCAUUUAUUAUUCUCCAUCUACUAGCAGCAGUACCUACUAUGCCUUUCAGAGUCCCUUAGUACUUGUAAUCAUCUUCAUCACCCCGACUUACCACAUGCUUAUCAUCUUUAUGCCUGACUGAAUACCCUCUAGGAUGCUCUGCUGUCCAUCCAGGUCUGCCUGUUUCUUUUUCCCAUGGACUGACAUCGCGAGAACUAGAAUGGUAACCUGUUGCCAUGCUGCCAGUCGCCUUAUCUGCACGGAUGGUCGUAGCACUUGUAGUACCUACCUAUUUCUCAUCAGACUCUGUAAAGCGUCUGUUUGAAAGGUAAUAUUGGCCUUCUGGAUCAGCAGCCAUAUCCCAUUAAUCUUCCCGGUUGUUCUUUCUUCGUUCGCCGUUUUUUUUUAUAGUUUUUUUUUUUGGAUCUCUUGCAGAUUUGCUUUAUGCUCAGAAUCGGCUUCAAGUCGCUAUCUAAUCGCUAAAUAAUAAACCUCUAAGCUGUUCAAAACCCGGUACGCUGGUACUUGGUGAUAGAAGAAAGUCGCUUUACGUAGGCCAAGUUAUAGGGUGUCGGGAUGGAGAUUGGAUGGGUGACCGCAGUAAUAUGGGACGAUAGGUCGCCCGCACUGCCGCUAAGUCUCCAAGUAUGAAUAGGAAGGAGUAGAGUCUAUAUAAUGAGACACAAAAAUCCUCCAAGGCUGAAGUGUAGAGCAUUGGCUCGAAAGGCUGGCUAACGAACGAAGCUGUUCGGAACUCAAACCAGCUUCUGACAGGGUUUCCUUCCCGCAGUUAUAUUAUUCUGAGGCAGUACUUGCAUUGAACUGGGCAUUGUCGCCUGGGUAAGGAAUCUCCGUUGUUGUGCAUUUUGCCAGAACGAUUCAAAAAUUGUACCCUUGCAACUUCUCCAUCGGACGCUAAGAGUCACUAGAAGGAGACCGAGAUCUCAGCCGUGGGUCCUCUUCGGUCUCAUUUAAAAUGUCCUCUUUUUCCGCAUCGGUGACAUUCGGUGCCGCCUUUAAAAUUCCUUUUAUUGCUUCUGGUUUGUAGCUAUGGGUAAACUAAAUGGCUCAUGUGACAUGAUAUUAAACCCAGGCGGUAUUUCUUUUUCUUCAAACGGCAUUUUGAUGUACCUAAUUUACCAGUUUUCAUUUUAAGUUGUAUCCGGGAUAGCGCUGGUCUCCUGUAACAGUUAGGCAAACUGCUGGCGACGUGGUGACUAUUACAGAAGGUAGUGAACCGAUUUCUUAUGACCAAUUUACGUAGGUAAGUGCCGACUGCGUAACCCUUUAUGGGUUAGUGUUAUAUCUCCUAAAAAUGUAGUGAUCACACAGGCGUUAUCCAGUUUGUCUAUAUCUUUUGUUACGGAUUUGCCAAUUAGGUAAUCCAAUACAUCUGUCAAAACGAAAAAUUCAAUAUGGCGUGGCGGCCAGCAAGUUUGUUUUGAAUAUGUGUUUUCAUGCAUAUUUCAAUUAUUUUGCUUCGAGUUGUGCUUGCAGGUUUGAUUUUGAUUAUUCAAGAAAAAAUUUGUUCACCAAGUACGUGAACUAUUAGGUCGGGCAGACACUAGAUAUUUUUGUGUGUUUUCUGGUCCAUGUGUGGCCGCCACGCCAUCUUGAAUGUCACGUGGUUUGCUAAUAUCCUACUGACAAACAAGCGACUAGUCUCCUCACCAGUACUUGUUUUCUGACAUGGUGGUGGACUUGGUUUGGGUUAGUUGUAACAGUUGUUAUCGGAAGUUGUAUCCGGGAUAGCGCUGGUCCCCUGUAACAGCUAUGCAAACUGCUGCCGAUGUGGUAACUUUAUUGUAGAAGGUAGUGAACCGAUUUUUUAUGACCAAAUAACGCAGGUAAGCGCCGACUGCGUAAAGCUUUAUGGGUUAGUGAUGUCUCUCUUAAAAAUGUAGUGAUCACAGGCGUUAUCUAGUUUGGCUAUAUCUUUUGUUACGGGUUUGCCAAUAUCCUCCUGACAAACAAGACACUAGUCUCCUCACCAGUACUUGUUUUCUGAUAUGGUGGUGGACUUGGUUUGGUGUGAUCAGUGAACAUCCCUAUAUCCCUUAUUAGAAAAUUAUCUUUGUCUAAAAGAAAUAGGUUAGACAGGGCCUUGUAUUAAUUCGACUUAAAAAUUUGCCAUCAUCCGAAAACCUGAGUAACUACCUAUAUGAAAAUAUAGGCCUAUUUAUUUAAAAAUUGUUGAAAGUGCCGUUGGCACUCUAAUUCAGGUGGCGAAAACGAAUCCAAAAUGAUUAAGAAAUGUUCGUGUUUUUGACUAUAGUUGCUUUUCUUGGCACCAUAUUUUACGAUGAUUAUCGCAAAUAAGCAUGAUAUUCUGUGAUAAAAACAAGUGGUACAUUUUUCAUCUUUAUCAAAUAUCAGCUAACAACUGCAAAAGGCACCCUCUGUUUAUACUGUGUAAUAUUUUUCUUCAAACUAUUUCAACACGCAUUUUUAUUUAAUUUUAACUAAUACCAACAGUGUUGGUUAUUAAUAUUAAAUUUAAAAAAAGAUAAAUAUAUGUUUACUUAUGCCAUUUGAAAAUAAUAUUUUGCAAGUCGAAUACAUUUUAGACAAGGAUAAACUAAGCCAUUAUUAAUGUACCUAGAUUUUAAAACAUCGUUAAAAAAUAACUUAUAUGUGAUCCAAAAAAAAUUAGGCUAAAAAAUAUCCACGUUGUAAUAUGUUUCAAAUUUUAGAAAAAAGUUAGAAGAGUCAAAUUAUUAUAAGGGGCAUAGCUUCCAUAAAGCAAAUAUGUAAUAUACAUCUAAUAAUUUAAGUUUUUUUCAAAUUUAUAGAUGAAAUUAUGAGAAAAUAGUACAAGAUUGUUUAUAGCAUUUAUGUCAAUUGGAUUUGAAGAAAACAUAAAUUAUUUAUAGAUUUACGCAUCACUACAUAAAAAUUAAUAUAUAAUUGAACUGACUUUAUGCUUUACCAUUCCGCAAACAUUUCCUAGAAGAAUUAUAUCUAUAGUAACAUUAUCUUAAGUUAAAUUUAUAAAUUCCGUAAAAUCAAAUAUAACCUAAAGAA